GUCCUGUCGUCAUUUCCUUCUGUCGACUUGUAUGCUUCCGGAAGAAGCGGAAGACAACAGUGGCAUUUCACCACAUAUGUGUUUUUUUCCAAAAAGAAAACCGAAAUAGAUAUUUUCAUUCCAGUCGUUUGACAGCCGAACAUCUAAACUUUCAACAUGUUUUCCUUCCAAGUUUUCGACCACGCGAUGGCCCGAGGCUUUCAGAACCGCUUCUCUACUCAGUACCGCUGCUACUCGGUGUCUAUGCUGGCUGGUCCAAACGACCGCUCCGAUGUGGAGAAAGGAGGCAAAAUAAUAAUGCCACCUUCAGCUCUCGACCAGCUCAGCAGGCUUAACAUCACCUAUCCAAUGCUGUUUAAGCUGACCAACAAGAACUCCGACAGAAUGACACACUGUGGUGUUCUGGAGUUUGUGGCAGAUGAGGGAAUCUGUUAUCUUCCACACUGGAUGAUGCAGAAUCUUCUGCUGGAGGAAGGUGGUCUGGUUCAAGUGGAGAGUGUUAACCUUAUGGUUGCUACUUACUCAAAGUUUCAGCCUCAGAGUCCAGACUUCCUAGACAUCACAAACCCCAAGGCCGUGCUGGAAAAUGCAUUGAGAAACUUUGCAUGCUUGACAACUGGUGAUGUUAUAGCUAUCAACUACAAUGAAAAGAUAUAUGAGCUACGUGUAAUGGAGACCAAGCCAGACAAAGCAGUGUCCAUCAUUGAGUGCGAUAUGAAUGUGGAUUUUGAUGCUCCUUUGGGUUACAAAGAGCCUGAACGACGACCUCCACACCAGGAAGAACCAACAGAGGAAGAAGGAGAUCCCAGCAGUUACGCUGACAUGGACAUGGGAUUCAGAGCUUUCACUGGCUCUGGCAAUCGAUUGGAUGGUAAAACAAAAGGGAUUGAACCCAGCCCUGCUCCUCUCGCCCCGAGUGACAUUAAAAGAGGCAUUCCCAACUACGACUUCAAAGUUGGCAGAAUCACCUUCAUCAGAAACUCCAGACCUCAGCCGAGGAAAAUUGUAGAUGAUGAUGAUGCCAUGAACAGAUUCAUCGCCUUCUCUGGACAAGGACAGUCGCUACGCAAGAAAGGCAGAAAGCCUUGAAGAAUCACAAAUAAAGAAGUUGGUUUAUGUGCACAAAUCUCCCAUAUCUUUGGUCACCUUCAGCAGCAAAGUCUCUGUUGCUUUUAAAUGGGAGUUUUGCUGUGACUUUGGAUUAUAGUAGAACUCUGACAGUAAUGUUUUUGCUUAAAAAGACUGAGCUGCAUAAAAUACUGUCAGUUCUAAUUUGGUGUUCACAAGUUCAGGGUGACAGAUUUGAGCCGGACAGUUUAGAUUAUAUCACCAACACAAAGCAUAACUUGUGAAUUAUUGCCGUAAAUGUAUCAGAUUUGAUUUACUUUUGACUUAGAACGACCUCCCCUCUUCCGUAAUUGUCACAUUUUUACAAUUCAGUUUAAAUAUGCUGUUAUCCAGAACCCCAUGUAAAAUGGGAGCAAUAAUGCCUUUUAAUGAUCAAGAAAAUAAUUUUAUGCUUGAGUUUUUUCCUGAGAUAUAAAAAUAAGAAAUAAUUUUCAAGUUUUUUUCUCCCCUUUUUCCUGGUUUAUUUAUAAACAAAUAAAGGAUUGUGUUUUGAAAUGAA